AUGGAUGGUUUUCAUGUAAAACUACUAGAAUAAUGUGAUGAUGGAAAUAAUUAGAAUAAUGAUGGAUGUAGUGAUAUUUGUUAAGUUGAAAGCAAUUGGAAAUGCUAAUAGGACAAUAAUAUUAGUGUAUGUAAAUAUAGUAUUCAACCUAAAUUUAACUUACCAAGCUCUCAAAAAAAAACUAAGAUAAUCAAGAAUUUCGAUUAUACUUUAGUGAAAAACAAUGAAAGUUUCUAUAGAUGA